AGCACGCGGAAGUGGGCGGGCUCAAGCGCAUUUCGCAUUAACCCGGGCGGGCGAACUAGCGGGAGGUUUAAACGACCACACUUGGGCCAAGCUUAAAUAACUAUUACAAUACAUCGCGCCUUGUAAAACCAAAUGGAGAUGUCACGGGAACGACCCUUGCAGCAGCUCCCCUGUCUGAAUGAGCAGUUGGACGGAUCCAUGCUUUCUCAACACAAACCAAUGAAAAUGCUGGACAAAGAGAAUACCCCCCAGGAACUCAUCCAGUGCUGGUCACCCCCCCACAAACUGCCCCGCAUCUCAACGCGGGGGAAGGAGAACGAGUUUGUGCUGGGCAGGAGGCCUCGGCGGCGGAAAGAGCCUGCUGGGCUAUCCUGGGACCAGCUUCCUGAUGAGCUCCUUCUGGGAAUCUUCUACUGCCUGCCCCUGCGUGACCUCCUGGACGUGGCUCGGGUCUGCCGUCGAUGGUGCCGUCUGGCGUUUGACGAGUCCCUGUGGAGCAGCGUGGACCUGUUGGGGGUGGUCCGCCUGGACGCAGCGCUGUCCCAGGUUCUGCCAGCAGGUGUCCUUACUCUGCGCUGCCCCCGCUCCUGCAUCGGGGAGCCUCACCUUGCUCGGGCACCGAGCUUGCGUGUGCAGCGCAUGGACCUAUCCAGCUGCAUCGUCUCCCCAUCUGUCCUCGGGGACAUCAUGUCCCGCUGCUGCCAUUUGCAGGAUCUCAGUCUGGAGGGCUUGGAGCUGUCUGACGGCAUCCUGCUGUCCCUGGCUCAGAAUCGGGACCUGGUCCGUCUCAACCUGUCGGGCUGCUCUGGCGUCUCCCCGCAGCCGCUGGGGGACAUGCUCCGGGCCUGCACCAGGCUGGAGGAGCUGAAUGUGUCCUGGUGUGACUUCAGUAGUGAGCACGUGAAGUCAGUCAUCGGUAACAUUCCCUCGGACGUCACACAGCUCGAUGUCAGCGGCUACCGGCAGAACUUAACCAUGGAAGAUGUGAAGGUUCUGGUGGAACGAUGUCCCAAGCUCACACACCUGGAUUUAAGUGACAGCGUGCUGGUGACACCCGAAAGCUUCCAGUUCCUCCACAGCCUGGCCUCCCUGCGCCAUCUUGGGCUCAGCCGCUGCUACCAGAUCCACCCAGCGGCUUUGACGGAGCUGGAAAAGCUUCCGGCACUGCGGACGCUGGAGGCGUUUGGCCUGGUGCAGGAGAGCUACCUGCCGGUCCUGAGUAAGGCACUGCCCCGGCUGCUUAUUAACACGCGCUGGUUCUCCGCCGUGGCCCGGCCCACGCCGGCCGACUGCAGGGACGGUGCCAUGUGGGGGGUGCGCUGCCGGCUCUCCUACAGGUCCUGACGGCGCUCCCGAAAAGCUCACGUUGUGAGGGGGGUGUGAAAAGAUGGAGUGAGCUGGUUAAAAGAAAAUGGAAGAUUAACAGGACUGAAAGAAGGGAGUCGUCCUCAUAAACUCGACAGCUGCAGCUCUCCAUCUUUGACUACCCGAAUCCAGACUCCUGCAAGUUUGUCGCAGGACGAGUGGUGAAGGCCUUACCGGAUCCCUGAACUACCAGGGCUCUUCUGAACUGCUUUCCAGUGCAGAGUGGGCGUGGCUUGUGAUCGGGCUCCUCCCAGUGAGAACGGUGUCAUAGGGCAGCUGAUGCCUUGGUCCUGCCGACCCAUGAUGGGGCGGCAUCACCACCCAGUCUGGCUUCUCGUCGUCUCUGCUGCCUUAUUGCUCAGACAGGGCUGCGUUUCCUCAGAUGUAGUUUUUAAACUGGAUUAUGAAAUUUUGCAUUUACUUGUCUGUGACAUUAACAUGAUGUUCCGUGAAUUCAAGCAUGUAAAUAAACUAGGUUUUUAAAAGUGAA